CCGUAAGUACUUGUGUUUUCAUUACUUACUCUUAUUUUCAUCCCACUGUGCGUGAAUUUGCUAGUGAGUGUCAACGGCAAGAGCCCCCUGAGGCCCGCACACUGAAGAGCCCCUUCUCUGCGAUAUAUCGGUGGAUUCCUUCCAUGCAUUUCUAUGCAGCACCGCUUUCCUCUGAGUCUUAAUCGUGUUUGUGUCUUUACAGACCACAACCUUCAUCACCUCCCGCUUCAACAACGACUACCUCAACAGCUACUCCAAGAUGGCUCCGCCUGCUUUAUCUGAUGAGGAGCGCAUGAAAUACGCACGACAGCUCCAGUCUUUCUUCGGUUCCAGCGACGGAGGAAAGGGAAGGGGCCGGGGAGGCGUUGGCGACGGUCCUCGCACCCAGAAUCGAACUCAGCAAGCUACUCGUGACUUCACACCUACCCGCUCGCGACAGGUCACUAAUCCCACACGCGCGGUGCCUUGUCCCCUUGGCCUUGCGGACAAGGACUGGUUGGCUCCAGCACCGAAGAAAACGUCAGCCACCCCGUCCCAGACAGCUGAAGCUAUACCAGCUCGUCCUAGCACCAGCAACGGCGUCCCUUCCGUGAAGAACGAUUCUGGCGUUAAAAGUUCUGCUGAGUCAAAAAGCGUCACCAACUCAAUCACCUCGAACGAUGCAGCAAGUGCCAAUGUCAACGGCUCCCAGGCUACAGUACAGCCUUCCUCUGCUUUGAAUGCUAUGAAAGGGAAAGACUUCCUACUCAAGCUUCGACGUGAGCAUGCCGCAAGAGUGGCAAAGUUGACCGCAGGUGAACCCAAACCUGCUGACACCACCACUUCGAACGGUGCCUCGUCCACGGACACGAUGACUUCAAGCGUCUGUUUGGACGAUCUUGUAGCCAGCAAGGGCAGCAAUGCCAAACCUGUCGCUGCUGAGAAACUCGCGGGGGGGCCUGAUCAACCUGGACAUGCAGGUGAAUUAGCAACCCAAAAGCAGACCGAAGGGCCUCGGAACCCGAUUCCUCAAGAUGACCGCGCAGGCAGCUCCAAGCAUCUCGCAGGCAACUUGUUAACCACUUCUUCGAGCUCUAGACCAGAGCGCAAGACUGAUGAGGCUCUCCUGGUAGACCUCUCCGAUGGUGCCAACCCUGCCCUGAGCGCCACUGCGGUUGAAGCGUGCAGCGAGAGGAUUACGAUGACGGGUAUGAUGCAAGCUCUACAGCCAUCCAAGUUGGCUGUGUCCGGACAAAAGUCUCCUAUAAUCGAGUCUGACCCUACAGACAAUAACAACAACCGUCCGGAAGCCAAUAUUCAGCAAGGACCACCAACAAAUCUCACCGCGAUGGAUCACAACGCCGACGGCGAGCAUAAGCUCAAGAAGACCGUCGCGGCUGCUGCCAAAGAGAAUGAAGGCAGUGGUGAUGGUUGCAAAAAACAUUCCGAGGUGCAAUCUGAUGUUCCAACUCCGAUGGGCUUCGGGUCAUUCCCACCACCGGGCCCCUUGGCUGAUACUACAAAUGCUUUCUGCGCGGCGCACCUUCAACAACAGAGUCUUGCUGAAAUCACACCGAUCGGGGCCUCCACUGGAUACCUCUACACCAUAACACCGGUCAUCUCUACGCCGCUAGGGGGUAUGACCAUGGGCACGACCUCUGGCCAGUUGCAUCUGAACACCCCUGUGGCAACACAGCCAAUUUUGCCUGCGAUCAAUGUGGCGCAAAAGGAGAACAUUUGUCCACAGAACUACGUCGCUGCUCCCCCUUCGGAGUAUAGGCCUCGUCGAGUAGCUACAGACCAAGGCAAACAAGGCCUGGGUUCUUCUCGCUGGGCCACUGAUUGACCCGGUGAAGUGCAGAUUCAGGGUACGGAUUUUGAGGCCCUGCGCAAAGCGGCAGCAAGGCAAUAGUGAGAGCGAGUGAGCGAACAAAAGGAGAAGAAUGUUGGCCUUGGACAAGGCUACCAGGAAAGUUGCGUUG